UCUCAUUCCCCUCCUCUUGAUUUCCCCCAACCAUCGCCGAACCCGAAAAAGCGAGAACCCUUUCGAGAACCGGAAAUGGCGAGGCUGGCCGUCCUGCUCGCCCUCUGCUUGCUCCCGGCGAUCGCCGCCGCCGCUCGGCCCACGAGGACCCCGCUCACCGUGACGGGGAAGGUCUACUGCGACACCUGCCAGGCCGGUUUCGAGACCCCCGCCUCCACCUACAUCGCCGGUGCCAAGGUGAAAGUGGAAUGCAAGGACAGGACAAGCAUGAAGCCCCUGUAUAGCCAGGAGGCGACCACGGACUCCACCGGAACCUACAAGAUGUUCGUCUCAGAGGAUCACCUGGAUCAGCUUUGCGACGCCAUGCUCGUGAGCAGCCCGCAGCCCAAUUGCCAGAAGCCAGCCGCGGGACGUGACCGCGCCCGUGUCAUCCUCACCCGCUACAACGGGAUCGCUUCGGACGACCGAUUCGCCAACAACAUGGGAUUCGUGAUAGACCAGCCCUUGUCCGGCUGCGCCCAGGUCCUUCAGCAAUACCAGGACUUUGAUGUCUAGAACCUCAAUCUGAGAGCCUCUUAUUUGUUAAUUUAAUUACAUAUUAGCAUCACUUGGAGUGUUUGCAGUUGGAUAUUACUUGGAUUGAUGUGUGGACUUCGUCUUGUAGUAAUAUGAACUUGUUUUCUGCUGA